AUGAAUGUUCUUGGAAUAAAUUAACUUGGCUGGUUUUGCAUGGAAGACAUUAACUUUGUUUUGAAGGGGUAGUUUGCAAGCAAAGUUAGAUCUAACAUUAGAUUAAGAGUAAAGCCUUGUGAGAACAAAACUAAUGUGGAUUUGACUACAUUACCAGAAAAUGAAGUUUGUGUUUCGCCAGAAAAAAUACUUCAACUUUAGCAAAUGUCCUCAAUUAACAUAGCUAACCUUUAGUCAUUUUUUGACCAAGAUGAAUUUAAUGGUUCUCCAGUUAAAAGCGAGAUCAAUAUGUGGUACACUAAUUUUGAGAAUAAUCAGGCUUUUUGCUAAAUUCUAGAAAUAACUAAAAACAUUUUGAAUACUAAAGAUAGUUGGGUCUCAAGCUAUUUCGAUUCUUAAGUAUAUGAAUUCUAUUCUAUUAAGCCAGCUGGUAACUCUGUUGGAGUAGUGAAGCCAAACAUCUAUGAUUAGUUAACCAUAUUUAUUAGUAAUAGUGAUUAAGAGGUAUAUAUCGAGAGGUAAAAAAUUACAAUAUUAGACAUCCUAUCAUUAUCUGGAGGAUUUGCUAAUACAGUCUUGCUAAUGACUAAGAUAUUCUCUCUUAUAUAUUCUGUUUAGCUUUUUAAAUAGAUGCUGAUUUCAAGACUCUGCUGGCUCCAGCAUUUAUCAAAAGGUGAUAAAUUUGAUUUUGAAGGGAAUAGUUUUAUAGAUCAAACAAGAAAUGAUUCAGUAUAUAUGAUAGUUGGUAAAGCGUCUAUUCAAGAAACUAGUUUAAGUUUAAUCUAAAAGAAUCGAAAUUUCAAACAUACUGAUAGUGUAAUAAACCGAUUGACUCAUUUUUUUGCUAACAGAUAGAGAUUUAGUGACAAAAGUUUAAUUUUCCAUAAAUUGAAUUUCAAGUGUAAGAAGCUUUGUAGAAAGCUUGACAAAAACCCUGAAGUUAUGGAGAAGUAAAAAGCUCUUGACAUUAUAAGUUAAAAAACAAACAUUGUGAAAGUUGUCGAGAGUAUAGAAUAUCUGAAAACGUGUAUGAGAAUUUUAUUCUAGGACUAUCAAAGAAAAAUAAUAAAGUAGAAAUCUAAAAUCUUAAUCAAUAUUGAUAACCCUGCUGACAAUAAAAAUUUUAAGUUGCGCAGAUCAAUAACAAAAACGCUUAGUUAUAAUGAGUUAGAACACUAUCUUGCAAAAGUAUUAAAUUCUAAUAAACAAAUUGAUCGAUAGAUAAAAGAUUCCUUGAUCAACUUACCAUAAAUCAAAGAUAAUCAGAAAAUUGAGACUACAAAGAUGAAGUUAAAAGUUAAAAAAGUAAAUGACAAAACUUUACUGGAGGAAACCUCGUAAAAUGAAAUAGAAGAAGAUUAAUACAAUAGAUCUUCUGAAUUAAUCAAUAAAUCUCAAAUUUAAGGAUUGAAACCCCAACUUUAAAAGGAUUCUGAGGAAAAAUAAACAGAAAAAAUAAGUCAACUAGAUGAGCUUGAUAUAUUCACAAAGUUAGUUAUAUUAUUCCAUUUUAUGAUUUUAUAUUAGAGAUACCAAAAGAAUAUUCAAAAGAAAUUAGAAUUUUAAGAAUGUUGA